AUGCUAGCUAUCCGAAUUCUGCUCUUCCUAUCCAUAGUCAUUUUUAUCAAUUCUAGGAGAACUGCAAAAAAUAAACGAAUAAUAAUUCUUGUUUUGGGAAGAAUUGACCAAAGUCCGCGUAUGCAAUAUCAUGCACUAAGCUUUGCAAAAGAAGGUUGGAAAGUUGAUUUAGUCGGAUAUCAAGACAAGAAAGGACCUGGUUUGUUUCGGAAUCAUCCAAAUAUAAAAAGCCAUGCAAUACCGACUCUUCCUGAACACCUUGCUUUUCGUUCGCGCUUAUCCUUCCUACUAAUUGCACCGGCGAAAAUACUUCACCAACUAUUGUCACUCCUUUUCAUUUUAUUUAAAAUAAAGCAAGCAUCCUACCUCCUUGUUCAAAAUCCUCCUUCAAUCCCCACAUUCUUUUUGGGACACGUCCUUUAUUUGUUACGCGGGACUCGCUUUGUUAUUGACUGGCAUAAUUUUGGGUAUACUAUUCUUGCUCUUAAAUUAGGGAAGCAACAUCCAUUUGUAAAAGUUUUGCGCAUAUAUGAGCGUGUACUUGCCAAAGGUGCCUUUUGUCAUAUAACUGUUUCCCAUAGCAUGCAGCAAGUAUUGGAAGGAUGGGGACUUCGCCCUUGUCAUGUUUGUUAUGACCGCCCGCCAACUCACUUUCAGCCUUUACAAGCUGCAGCUCGAAAGUCUAAUUUGCAAGUAAUCCCUGCCGAUUUCGACCCCAGAAAAGAGAAGCUUUUAGUUACUUCUACAUCUUGGACUCCUGAUGAGAACAUAUAUGCCCUUUGGGAUGCUCUUAAAAUGUACAGUGAAACUCAAAAUGCUGUACCGCUUCUCGUUCUUGUUACUGGUAAAGGGCCAGGAAAGGCCGAUUUUGUAAAUCACAUACAAGAGAACCGUCUCGAAAAAGUUCGGUUUUGUCUACCUUGGUUUAGUUCUGAAGAUUAUCCUCGAGCUAUCGCAUGCGCAGAUUUUGGAGUUUCUCUUCACCAAAGUUCUAGUGGCUACGACUUACCUAUGAAAGUAGUAGAUUUAUUUGGAUGUGGUGUUCCCGUUGUCGCUUGGAAUUUUCCUGCUAUUUCUGAGCUUGUUCAUGAUAAUGAAAACGGUUUCAUUGUUGACGAUUCCGUCAAGCUUUAUAAAAAAAUUGAGAUGCUUUGUUCUGAUGAACGUAUACUUCGAUCUGUACGACAAGGUGCUCUCGAGGAAUCUAAACUUCGUUGGGACGAUGAAUGGAUAAAGACAAUCCCUAAUUUGUUUAUUGUAGAAUCUAGUUAG